AAUGACAGGGGGCGAGAGGGCGGGUCGAUGAAAGAUAGCCAGAUCCUGGAGGGUUGGACAGCCGGUUUCCCGCGGUUCGAAAUUAAUGCUCGCGAGUGUGUGUGGGAGGAGUGUUUCUUAAAGCGCCAGCCUCCGUGCGGCCUUUUGUUCCGUGUCUGCAAGGCGGGGUGGGUUCAACUUUCACCGUCUUCUCGUCUAACCUCCGGAACGGCCAUGAUUUCCCAGUUCUUCAUUUUGUCCUCCAAGGGGGAUACGCUCAUCUAUAAAGACUUCCGAGGGGACAGUGGUGGUCGUGAUGUGGCGGAGCUCUUCUACCGGAAGCUGACGGGACUGCCUGGAGGCGAGUCCCCGGUUGUCAUGUAUCACGAUGAUCGUCAUUUCAUUCACAUCAGACACAGUGGUCUCUAUUUGGUGGCCACAACCUCAGAAAACGUCACUCCUUUCAGCCUCCUGGAGCUACUUUCCAGGUUAGCCACCCUCUUGGGUGACUACUGUGGCUCACUCAAUGAGGGAACCAUCUCACGCAAUGUGGCGCUUGUCUACGAACUCUUGGAUGAAGUGCUGGACUAUGGCUAUGUGCAGACUACAUCCACAGAGAUGCUGAGGAACUUCAUCCAAACCGAAGCUGUGGUCAGCAAACCCUUCAGUCUCUUUGACCUCAGCAGUGUUGGAUUGUUUGGGGCAGAGACACAGCAGAACAGAGUGGCUCCAAGCAGUGCAGCUAGCCGCCCCGUCUUGUCCAGUCGUUCUGACCAGAGCCAAAAGAAUGAGGUGUUUUUGGAUGUGGUGGAGAGGCUGUCUGUACUGAUUGCAUCUAAUGGGUCAUUGCUGAAGGUGGAUGUCCAAGGAGAGAUACGGCUCAAGAGCUUCCUUCCCAGUGGUUCUGAGAUAUGCAUUGGCUUGACAGAAGAAUUUUGCGUUGGAAAGUCAGAACUGAGAGGUUACGGGCCAGGGAUUCGAGUUGAUGAGGUGUCAUUCCAUAGCUCUGUCAAUCUAGAUGAGUUUGAGUCUCAUCGGAUCCUCCGCCUGCAGCCACCUCAGGGCGAGCUGACUGUGAUGAGAUACCAGCUCUCUGAUGACCUCCCCUCACCACUCCCUUUCCGGCUCUUUCCCUCUGUACAAUGGGACCAAGGCUCAGGCCGGCUCCAGGUUUACCUCAAGUUACGGUGUGACCUGCCCCCAAAGAGCCAAGCUCUCAACGUUCAUCUGCACCUUCCCCUGCCUCGAGGGGUCGUCAGCCUGUCUCAGGAACUGAGCAGCCCAGAUCAGAAGGCAGAGCUGGGAGAAGGAGCCCUUCACUGGGAUCUGCCCCGGGUACAAGGAGGCUCUCAGCUCUCCGGCCUUUUCCAGAUGGAUGUCCCUGGCUCGCAGGGACCUCCCAGGCAUGGGCCUUCUCCCUCAGCACCCCCCUUGGGGCUGGGUCCUGCCAGCCUCUCCUUUGAACUCCCUCGGCACACAUGCUCUGGCCUCCAGGUUCGAUUCCUCAGACUGUCCUUUAGCGCCUGUGGUAAUGCCAACCCUCACAAGUGGGUUCGACAUCUAAGCCACAGCAACGCCUAUGUAAUUCGGAUCUGAAGCUCCCCAAACAAGGAUAUGGACAGCAACGUUAGCAGGCAGUUGAAUGGGAAGAAGACAUUUUCUUUCUUGUGACUUUGGAUCUAGACAGGAAGGUUCCACGGACUCACCCCAUCUGUGAUGCAGGGAGGCUCACAAACUUACAAAUCCAACUUUUAUUCGAGGAACUUACUGUACAGUAUCUAAAAAGAAAAGUCACUGGGGAAAA